AUGCCGAGCAUAACCCGUUUUGGCCGGGCGAAAAAGUCACCUAAGCCAGACCUCGAGAAUGCUAACUCCGCUACCCGGGUGCUAGCCCCAUCAGAACCGUUUCAAGCUCCCCGUAUCAGCUUGCUCCAUGUCGAAACAGAGUUGAACAUGUCACAGUACAAUGGUUUGUUCGAGGGGGAGUCUCCAGACCGACAAAAGGGCUCUGGAGCCUCGGAGAAUACAAUGGACACGAUUAGUCCGCCGCCGAGCUAUAGUAACGGGUCUCCCAAUCCUACGAACGGUGACGCGACUGCAACGGAAUGGUCCUCCGCUGUCGGGCAUGCGGCUACUGGGAAAUCAGGGCGUGUCAUACACAAUUUACAGGAGGACAUUGCGCGCUUGACCCGUGAAUGUGGUGUUUAUCGCUCUCGCGCGGAGGAAACUCAACGGAUAAACGAAGCUUUCAAGACGCAGGUGCAGAAUAUGACCGAUCGCCUCCAGAACCUCGAACACGCGAACGAAAUCAGCCUACAUUCACUCUCAAGGAAGGAGAAAAAGAUCGAGGAGCUGCGCGCCGAGCUUCAGCGUGAAAGAGAUCGACGACAGCAAGCGGACAAUGAGAAAGCCAGGUUUCAAGGGUUGAUGGAUGAAGCACAGGACGAUUUCCAUCGGAAAUGUGCCGAAUUACAGGAAAUCGCACUUCACCACCAAACUCAAUAUGACGUUCUGGCAAAAUCUGGGCAGCGCGAACGUGCAGACCAACAGCGCAGGCUGAAAGGCAUACGGGACGAAUUCGUUGCAUUGAGAGAAAAACAGGACCAGGCGAACUCGGAGAUAGGGAAGUUGGAUACUAUUACGGCACAAAAGAAUCGAGAAAUCGAAGCCGCGCAAAAGGAUUUCCAGACUUUAUUCACGCAAUAUGAGGAAUACAGGCGAGCCCACGAUGAGGAAGUGAGGGGUUUGAUUGAGCGAGGCCAGCAGGGCGAAGCGAGGUUCAACGCAACCCUCGCAUCCUUGAAAGAAACCGAAGGGCAUAUGAAAUGGGUCUUACAGGUCAAACGCGAGGUCGACGGCGCCGAAUGA